AUGAAUUCAUUUUUAAGAACUGUUCAUAUCAGAGUAAAGAAAGGUAUUAUACCACCACCAGCAGGUUAUACCGCACUUUUAAGAGUUAGAGAACCAUUCGACCCAGAAAAACCAAAAAAUCUCGAAAUCAUCGAAUCACCACUCUUAAAUUAUGCUAAAGAAUUUGCAGAAACACAUAGGGAAGUAGGUUAUCUCAGUGAUGGUCGUCUUUCACAAGAUUCAUACAAUUUUGCUGGUUUAAAACUUCAAUAUCUUAAAAAGGGUUUCAGUGAAAAUCAAGCUGAUCUUCAAGCAAAAAGAGAUGUUGUCAAGAAUUUAGAAAUUAGAUCAAUGGAAUUAGAUUUAAUUCAAACUCAAGCAACUAAAAUUGGUAUCCCAUCUUUCCAACCAAAAACUCAUUUAGAAUUAAUUCAAUCAUUAGCAAAAAAAGUUAAUAAUAGAAGAAUUGAAUAUUUAAAUGUUGAAAAAAGAGAAAUUUUAGAAACUUCAUUAAAAUUAAAAAUUCAAUAUAAUGAUAUUUCACCAUUACAAUUUUCACAAAUUUCAAACUUUACACCAAUUGAAUAUUUUACAUUUAUUAGAGAACAUCCAGAAUUUCAAAAAGUAUUACUUUUACCAGUAGUAGAGGAGAAAAAAGAAGUUUCAAAUAAUAAUCAAAAUAGUGGCGCAACCAAUAUGGAUUUCAAAUCAGUAUCAAAUUCAGAAUAUGAUGAAGAUUAUGAAAAUGAUGAAGCUGAAGAAAACAAGAAGAAUGAAUUCGCUCAAGAAGUUUUAGGUGGUGAUGUAAAUAUCAAUGCAGUACAUGCAGGUUAUCAAGUUACCGAUUAUUACCUUGUACCAGAAAAUCUUUAUUUCAAUCCACCAGCAUACGCAGGCGACCUUAUUUAUAAACCAGGUUUAAAUUCAUAUGUCCCAGAAUCAAGCGAUUUAAUUAAAGAAGAGUUAGAAGAAACAGAAAAAGAACUUUACCAACAAGUGCAACCAGAUCUUGAAUCUGAUCUUUUGGGUUUCCACGAAAGAGAUUUAGACUUGGAAAGAUAUGAAAGAGAAACAGACGAAGCCAAAUUACAAGAGGAUGAUUUUUGCAUUACUUUAGCCGAUAUAAAUAGUAUACCAGAAGAAGUCGAAAGAACCACUUUAAUUAAAAAUCAACUUAGAAAGAAUUUCUUCACCAAAGACUCAUUAGAACAAUCUAAAAUUGGUGUAGACUCUGAUAGAUUCGUUUCAAAAGAUGAUUCUUUCCCAUCAGCCUCAGAUUUCACUUUAAAUAAAUACUCUCGUUACCCAACCGUUUCUGCUAUUAAGACCCUUAGACAUCUUUUCUUACAAGAUCAAAUUUCAAACGAACUUCAUCAAUACCUCGAAAGACAAGAUGGUGCUGGUGUCCAAGAAAGAGUAUCACAAGAUUAUAAUAUUCAAAAAAAUUACCUCAGCUCUGAUCUUUCAAAUAUCGAUUCAAUGGAACAACUCAGUAAAUAUAACGAAAUUAUCAAAGGCAAUAAAUCAGAUUCAAAAGAUGUUGAAUUCAAAGAGCUUUAUAUCAAUACUGUUUUAGGUGUUACCGAUAACAUCUACUUAAACCCAAUCAAUGAACAAAAGAUCUUAAAAAAGAAAUAUGGUAAUGAUUUCGUUUUUGAAGAAGAAAUCCUCCAAAGAUCACCAGAAGAAGAAAAGAAAGAUAUUUUAAAUAAAAUUAGUGUUGAAGAUCUCAAAUCAAUGAAGGGUCCAGUAUUUGGUGAAGAUGGUGCUAUCGACCUCCAAAGAACAAAUAUUUAUUCACCAAAUCAAUUAUAUGAAUCAACAAUCACCGAUGCAUACAAAAACAAAUAUAUUGAACAAAUUGAAAAAGAAGAAAAAGAAUUACAAGAUAAAGAAAUACAAAAAGAAACCUUCCAAGAAUUUGUAUCUGAUGAAAUUGAUAGAGUUGUUAAAGGUGAAUCUUCAAUCGAUCCAGUUUAUUUAUUAGAUGCCAAUAAUAAUAGAGUUUUAUUAAAUGAAGAUGAUAAUAAUAACAAUGAAAACAAUAAUAAUGAAUUACCAAAUGUUGAUACCACUAAACAACCAAGAAAGAAAACUUCAUUCGCCUCAUUCUAUGAAAGAUAUAUUUUACCAACAGAUAUCAAAGAAUACGCUGAAUAUUAUAAAAAAGAUAUUGUUUCAAAUGCAGAUGCUGCCAGAAUGAAGGCUCAAGAUUUAACCACUAAUAUUGGUAAACAAGAAGAAAGAUAUGAAGAAAUUAAAGAGCUCGUUAGAGAUACCAGCGACCCAACCGAUGUUUCAGUUGCCAAAGAAUAUUUAGUUAAAGAAAUGAUUGGUAUUAACCCAUCACUUACUAUAACCGAACAUAAAUGGAACGAACAUCAAAAACUUUAUUCAGAAUUUUACAAAGAUAAUAGUCAAGUCGAAUUAAAACAAGAUACAGAUAAUCUUGCUUCAGCUUACCUCUCUGUUGAAUCAUCUGAACAUCGUUAUAACGCUGCUCCAUCAUUCCAAGAUGAAGAUAAAGUCGAUUUUAGAACAUUACAAUUGGAUUCUGAAACUGAAACCAAAUAUGCUAAAGAAAUUAAAGAAUUUAGAGAUAAAGCUGCUAAAGGUGAAAUCACUGACGAACUUUCAUACGAAUUUACAAACUAUAUCAAUUACUUAAAAGAAAGAGAUUUAACUACCCCACUCGUUAAAAAAGUACGUUCUAAAUUAUUCUUUAAAGACCACCGUAAUGAAAUGAUCGAUGUCUAUAACGAACAAUUAAUGUCAUCAUUAGAAAACGAUACCACUGCUGCCCAAGAAGAAGAAGAGGUCUCUGAUGUCGAAAAGAAUCUUAAACAACUCGGUGAAAUGAUUCCAGACGAAAAAUUAAGAGAAAUGACCAUUAACAACAUUUUAUCUCCAUAUUACAAUGUUGAUGUUACAUCCCAAUUAUCAUCAAAACUUAAGGAAAUUGAACUCGAAAAAAGAUUUUCAAAAAAAAAUUAA